GCUCAUGCAAGCAAAGACCUGGAAGAGCAGUUGCGGUCUGUGUCCAGUGUGGAUGAACUCAUGACAGUACUUUACCCAGAAUACUGGAAAAUGUUCAAAUGUCAAUUGAGGAAAGGAGGUUGGCAACACAACAGGGAACACUCCAGCUUUGACACAAGAUCAGAUGAUUCCCUGAAAUUUGCCGCAGCACACUAUAAUGCAGAGAUCCUGAAAAGUAUUGAUACUGAAUGGAGAAAAACUCAGUGCAUGCCACGUGAAGUGUGUGUGGAUGUGGGAAAAGAGUUUGGAGCAACUACAAACACCUUCUUUAAACCCCCAUGUGUAUCCAUCUACAGAUGUGGAGGUUGCUGCAAUAGCGAAGGACUCCAGUGUAUGAAUAUCAGCACAAAUUACAUCAGCAAGACACUGUUUGAGAUCACGGUGCCUCUUUCUCAUGGCCCCAAACCCGUAACCGUCAGUUUUGCCAAUCACACGUCCUGCCGAUGCAUGUCGAAGUUGGAUGUUUACAGACAAGUUCAUUCUAUCAUAAGACGCUCCUUGCCAGCAACACAAACUCA